AGAAAAUAUUCCCAUAUGUUCUGGUGGCUUUAUUACACCACAGCAGACGUUCAAUCGUAUUAUGAAAAACCCUUAGUGAUUUGGUUGCAAGGUGGUCCUGGUGCAUCCUCUACUUCUUAUGGAAACUUCGAGGAACUUGGUCCUAUCGAUACAAAUUUAAAACCAAGGAAUUACACGUGGGUUAAGGAUUACAAUGUUUUGUUCAUUGAUAAUCCAGUUGGUGCAGGGUUUAGCUAUGUUGAAAAAUCAUCAGCAUAUGCUCAAACAAACGAACAAAUUGCUAUUGAUCUCGUCGAAUGCAUGAAAGGUUUUCUAAAAAAAUUACCAAAAUUUUCUAAUGUAUCUACUUAUAUCCUAACCGAAUCGUAUGGUGGAAAGAUGGGAGCUGAAUUUGCUCUACUUUGGUAUAAGGAACAGCAAGCAGGUACUAUUAAAAGUAACCUAAAAGGAAUUGGUCUUGGCGAUGCUUGGAUAUCACCAAUCGAUUCUGUUCUGACUUGGGCACCUUUUUUACUUAGCACGGGUAUGAUCGAUUCUAAUGGUUAUAAAAAAAUAGAAAUAUUAGCCAACGCAACUAGAGAUGCCGUUAAUAGUGGUCGAUGGUCAAUGGCCACUACUUUAAGGGAAUAUACAAAAAGUACCAUACUCCAAGUUACAGAUAAUAUCGAUUUCUAUAACAUUCUAACAAAACUAUCCCCUUUCUAUGCACCUUCUCAAACUCACGGGAAACUAUCAUCAAUUUAUACUGAUGGAGAUGCUAAAUAUCACAAUUUGAUUCUACGGGACAGUAAAAGUUUAGAGGAUUUGAUGAACGGACCAGUAAUUAGUGCACUUGGUCUUAAAACUUUUCAUGGUCGACAAUCUGACAUGGUGUUCAAUAUGUUGCGAGAGGAUUUUAUGAAACCGGUUGUCGAUAAAGUGGAAUUUUUACUGAACGAAACAAAUAUUAAUGUCUUCGUGUACACUGGACAAAUGGAUCUCGUCGUUGAUAUUCCAGGCACAGUACUCUGGAUUGAUAACAUGCAUUGGAUAAAUUCUUACAAUUGGCAUAACGCUAAAAGAGUUUCAUUGGUUUCUGAUCACAUUAUCGAAGGUUACUCUAAACAUUACGAUAAUUUUGGAUUAUAUUGGGUCAACAGAGCAGGACAUAUGGUACCAAAAGACAAUCCUGCAGCCAUGGCAAAAAUAUUAAAAGAUUUGACAAAAAAUGCAAACGCUAAAUAAUUUUGAUAAUUAUUUGUAAUAUCUAGUUAAUCCUUUCACCCAGUACCCUAAUAAAAAUAUUAUUAAGCAUAAUUAGAGUGAUCGAAUUUCUUAAAAAAUUUCACGAAGAUAAAAAAUAUA